UUUUUUUUCAUUACUUGAUUUAAAGUUACCAGUUUUUACUGAAACAAUUCUUUCUGUUUUUCAUUCCUUAGUUUGAAGUUUUGGUGGGGCAAUGACCCAGACAAUUGGAAAGGGCGUAAUGGUGAACAUCCUGAUGGAGAGGACUGUGCGAGGAUGGGAGCAAAAGAGACUGUUGGAUUAAGUCUGAAGUCAGGAUCUUGAAGUUUCAGCAUGAUGAGCCGUCCGCAGAGCUUCAUAGAAGGUGAAGCUCCUGACUCUCAGCACGCAAAAUCAAACAGAGGGUCAAAGGUCACUGCAGAGAGAGUGGCACUGGUGGUUCUCUGUAUCCUGCUGGCAGCUGCUCUCAUCAUUAUUUGUUGCCUCUCGCUUGACAAAAUUAGAACGAACAAAGAGCUCGAAAACCUGAAACAUCACAAAAUGAAGUGUGAAAGUAAUCUGACAGAGACUCUCUCUAAGAUAAAACCAUGCAGCAUGGUGCAGCCGACCUUUCCAGUACCUAAAGUAAUAAAUGGUCCUUGUACUAAAUGUGUAGAAGGCUUCGAGCUACAUGGAGGAAAGUGCUAUUACUUCUCCAUCAGUAAAUCAUCCUGGAACAAGAGCAGAGAUGAGUGUGGAGCUAAAGGAGGAGACCUGGUUAAGAUAGACAGCAGAGAGGAGCAGACUUUCCUGGAGAGAAGACUGAGAGAUGUAAUGACUGAAGUUCAGGACAAGUUCUGGAUCGGACUGACAGACUCCGCAGUAGAGGGCAGAUGGGUGUGGGUGGACGGAUCAUCACUGGAUCAAAGUUUGGAGUUUUGGAGCAAAGGUGAGCCAGACAAUUGGAAAAGUGAACAUCCUGAUGGAGAGGACUGUGUGAGGAUGGGAGAAAAAGGCGGAGCUAAAGAUCUGAAGUGUUGGUUUGAUGCAGUUUGCUCAAAGCCUCACAGAAGUAUUUGUGAGGAAGCAGGAUCCGAUGGACAGUAUGUAUGUUUGUAACUUAAAUUGACAUAUGAAACACCAGAAUGAAGUGAUUCAAUUUUUUUAAAAGAAAUGUUGAAACAGAAAUAAA